GUUGUCAUCUCACCUAAAUUCACACCGGUGCUCGGUGUUAUCGAUCUCACACGUUGACUUGAUAGCGCAACUGUUCAUCCGAUGUGUAUCGGCACUGUUCAUGGUUAUGGACCCUCCUGGUGGGGGAGACGAGCGUCGGAGACAGGCCGAGCGUCUUCGGAGGGAGGAGGCCUACUAUCAUUUUAUUAAUGACCUCAGCGAAGAGGAAUAUCGUCUUAUGAGAGACAGCAACCUGUUGGGGACCCCCGGGGAGGUGACCGCCGAAGAGCUCCAGCAACGUUUGGAUGGAGCCAAGGAGCGCGAGUCAUCUCAGCCAAGCACCGAGCAGCGCUUGCCGGCCGCUGAGACGGUGGAUCAGCAGGGCGGUAGCGCUGAGGAGAGAGGGUCCGGUGGGAGACGAGGGGCUGGCGGCGUAGAGCCUGGGGCAGAAGCAUCCAACGGAGACUCGUUGCUGGAGUGGUUGAACACAUUCCGGCGCACCGGGAACGCUACCCGCAGCGGGCAGAGCGGCAACCAGACGUGGCGCGCCGUCAGCCGGACAAACCCCAACAGCGGCGAGUUCCGCUUCAGCCUGGAGAUCAACAUCAACCACGACCAGCCCGAGGCGGGGGAGCACGCCGACACUAUGGACACGGCCGAGCAGCCUGUUGCAGACGCCGCCUCGGGUUCGACCUCGCCGCUGCGCCGUGCCGCUUCUUCGGCCGGAGCACGGCUGUCCGGCGUGCCCCGGUCGUCUCCUUACCCCAUGCCUCGACCAGCCCUCAGCAGGAGGAUGCAGACUCGGCGCACGCGCAGCACCAGUAGCAGUGCCCUCUCCAUGACCCCCCCUGCACUUUCAGCCCCUUUUGCGUCUCCUCCUCAAAGGAGAGGAGACGCCUUGCACUCUGUAGUACCGCCGCCCACUGUUUCUCAUUCGGACGAGUCGGCAUCUACCCCACAUCUGCCCGCCAAUGCAGAACCGGAGCGAAGCCGUGACAAUGUGACAUUAUCUCUCGACUGUCCGCGCGUGUCGCCCCAGCCGGGGUCCCAGACGGCAGCGGCAGGGCAGGAAGCGCGCCGGACUCGUUCGCGCGGACGUUGGCGCCGGGUGGCGGCCACGUGGAACGGCGGCGUCCCGGCACGCGCAUCCAGACGAAGUCGUUCCCCUUUGCACAGAAGCGCCGUGAGCAUGCCAGCGUCCAGCAGCACCAUCAGCGGCUCGAGCAUCCACAUCGUCGAUGCGGGCACAAGCUCGGUUCCCAUGGAGACGGGGGAGGUUGCGGCGGAACCAGCCGCCACCACCACAGUGGAGCAGACCGCCGACAGCGUCGAGAACGAAUCGCAUUCAGCCAGUGCAGGAGGCUCGUCCUCAGUUCGCCGCCACCCCACCAUCAUGCUGGACCUGCAGGUAAGGCGGAUCCGACCUGGGGAAAACCGGGACCGUGACAGCAUCGCCAGCAGGACACGCUCCCGGGCCCGUGUGGCUGAGAACACCGUCACCUUUGAGAGCGACAGCGGCGGCUUCCGGCGUACCAUCUCGCGCUCGGAGCGCGCCGGAAUCCGCACCUAUGUCAGCACAAUUCGGAUCCCGUUGCGGCGCAUCAGCGAGACAGGCCUGGGCGAGCCCAACUCCACUGCGCUGCGCUCCAUCCUGCGCCAGAUCAUGACCGGCUUCGGGGAGCUCAGCUCCCUCAUGGAAACGGAGGCCGAUUCCGAGAGCCCCAGCCACGUGGACGUCGGCGUUACGAAUACAAGCACCGGCCCAGCGGCUCGUUUGUAUGUCAAUGAGAGCGCACCGGUACAGCCGGGCUCGGACGGUCAGGAACAAGAGCGAGUGAGUCCGGCCGGUGGCGAGGAUGGGCCGGUCGGCCAGGCUAGGCUCAGCGGCGGUCCGGCGAGCUCCACGGAAGUGCGGCCGCCGCCCACCAGCCGGGACACAAACAACCUGGUGGAGAACGGCACCCUGCCCAUCCUGCGGUUGGCGCAGUUCUUCCUGCUGAACGACGAGGACGACGACGAGCACCCGCGCGGCCUCACCAAAGAGCAGAUAGACAAUUUGGCCACACGCUCGUACGGCCAAGCCAGCCUGGAGGGCGAGGCGGGCCGGGCGUGCAGCGUCUGCAUCAAUGAGUACGCGCAGGGCAACAAGCUGCGGCGCCUGCCAUGCGCACACGAGUUCCACAUCCACUGCAUUGAUCGCUGGCUGUCGGAGAACAACACCUGCCCCAUCUGCAGGCAGCCCAUACUUGCUACGCAACAUGACUGACCCGCUUUGGCUUCUCCUCCACUGCCGAGCAGCCGCCUGUACAUAUAUUCGUUCAUUUCUGUGAGGAAGUCGGUAGGGAAGAAGGUGGAAGCAAAAGUUCAGGAGAAGGGGUGGGAAAUAGGCAUAAAUUCAGAGAUUUAAUAAAGUUUAUUUUUUUAGGCUUGUUGAUUUCAGUUCCCUUCUCUGUAUCUUGUUGGAACUUUUGUUAGCCCCUGCUCAUACAUAGUCUGACACCAUUAAGACGUCUUCCCUGAUCAGAAAGGACUUUUUAAUUUGAUUUGUCCGCUGUAAAUAUCUGACCACGGUUCAGGUUGAUAAUUGGCUUUUUCAUGCAAUUUUAAAAUUCUUCCCUUAUAGUUGCGCUAAUAACAUUGAGUAUGGUGGUACCUGGAGUGCGCCAACUUUUUUUUUGCUCAGCAUUUGAGACACAUGCCAUAGGCGCUAUCACAAUAUGAAUUAAACUUGUAAGUUAAGGCAGAAAUGUAUUUGAGUUUCAGUAUUUAAUUUGUAAUAAAGUUUGUAUUCAUCUAGGUUCAUUAUUUAUGAUUUGUCAAGUUGCCCCAACGCCAUCGCAAUAAAAGCCAGUUGCUUUCCGAUGAUUUCACAUGCAGAAGGCAGGAAUUGAGAGUUGUCAUUUAGCUGUGCAAUACAUACAGAUUACAGCAAAAAAAGUAGAAUUAUGAUCACAAUCAUGCUUCAUGAGCUAUGUCAAAUUGUGUGCAAAUGAAGGAAUACCCCUUUCUUCAGACCUGGCAGAGGCUCCUCAUGUCACGAGUCAAUAUUUAUUCCGUUUCUAUUUAAUGAGAUGGGGAAAUCUGAACUUUUUGAAACCACGAAUGUGUGUAUCAUGUUGCCAUGUGAUGACAGUAAAUAAACACUCAAAUGGUA